AAGCUCGCGACCCGAACGACUUUGGCUAGCUAUAAUCAGUAGUGAAAUAGAUGUAAACAGAGGUGUGCCGGAUCGGCGCCAUACAGAUAGCCUGGUAGUUGCUGUCAACCGUUUAAAGGGGAAGGAACGAAACCAAGACCCACCGAGAUGUCGAUUACCCUAGAGGAGGAGAUCUUCGGCCUGGCCGUGAAUCCGUUCACCAAAUCACCGGAAAUGGUGCGCCGGUUCACGCUGAAGAACUCCAAGGGCAUGUCCGUUUCGGUGAUCCAACUGGGGGCCAUCAUCCAGAGCGUCUGUUUGCCGGAUGCCUACAAGAAGGUGGACGAUGUGUGCCUGGGGUUCGACGACAUCGCCAGUUACGUGGCAAACAAGGGCGCCUACAUCGGAGGAACCCUCGGACGAGUGGCCAACCGGGUGGCCAACGGGGAGUACACGGUGAACGACACAAAGGUCGCGGUGACCAAGAACAUAGAGGACAAAUUCCAGCUGCACGGCGGAUUCGUGGGAUUCGACAGCGUCAUCUGGGAGGUGGUCCAGAAGACGUCCGAGGGGGUGGUCUUCCGGCACGUGUCGCCCCACGGACACGAGGGCUAUCCGGGCAAGCUGACGGCGCUGAUCACCUACCAGCUGGACAAUGAGAACCGGCUGUGGGUCAGGUACGAGGCGACCACAGACCGCUCCACGAUGGUCAACCUGUCGAGCCACGCCUACUUCAACCUGGCGGGCCAUGGAUCCGGAGCCAAGGGUCUGGCGGAGCACACGGUGGAGAUUGCCGCCGAUCACAUCGUGGACACGGACGAGUUGCAGAUCCCCACCGGGAAGCUGACCGAAGUGGACGACACCGUCUUCGAUCUCAGGUUGCCGGUCCUGCUGCGCGAUCGCCUGAUGCAGUUCGAGGACCGACAGAUCAAGGGCUACGACAACUGCUUCGUGGUCAACGGGGGACAGGUGCAGAAGGCCGUCGCCAAGGUGGCCAAGCUGGUGCAUCCGCCCAGUUGCCGCGUGCUGGAGGUCUGGACCGACCAGCCCGGCAUGCAGUUCUACACCGCGAAUAACAUUGGGUCGGUGGUUGGCAAACAGUGCACUCGGUAUGUGAGGCACGGCUCUUUUUGCGUGGAGACGGAGAAGUUCCCCGAUGCCAUGAACCACCCGGAGUUCCCGUCGAUCGGUCUCGAGCCCAACGAGAAGUACCGGCACGAUGUCCUGUACUGGUUCAAGGUCGAGGAGUCCUGGAAGUGCUGCUGCAACAACGAGCAGUGAGCGUGAGCGUGAUCGUGAUCUCCCGUAAAUAAAGCUUGACUAUUCCCCUCGGUUUCAACCCCAAAGGUUGUUGUAUUUUUAGGAAUUUGGAUAAACAAAUUUAUUUUUGUGCGGGAGGUAAUGCCAAUGGUAUAUAAAAACAAUAAAUACAUUUAUUUUAAAUAUA